AUCCUGUCAAAUCUGUAGAACUAAGUUAUGCACUAUAGCCAUCUUUAUAAAAUAACAGACUACUGUAGUGACAAACCGGGGAAAUAGAAAGUUACAGCCUACUUUGUUGAGCCUUUUGGCGUCUUCUCAAAUUACACUUUCUGUGUGCUAUUGAAGGGAGAUAUGGCCGCCACUUUCCCUGUUUUCCUGCUUUUUUGUGCUGUUUUAUUCACGGUCACAGUCGCUUUUGAGUAUUGUGGAACGGAUACCAGCACCGGAGAUGACCUUAUCUGUGAUCAUAAAUGGGACGAGAGUGUCCUGGAAUUCUGCUGUGGGACAUGUGAAAACAAAUAUUGCUGCUCCGAUCCACAGAAAAGAUUAACCAGUGAUGCUCAAUUUGACUGUUUAACUGAAAGCCUAAACAAUAUAAGGAAAGCUCUUGAGCCGCCACGUGACUCUGAUGACACCGUGACGAUUGUCAUCACCUUGACAGUAGUGGGAGUUGUGAUCUUCAUCAAGCUGUUCAUCCUCUGCUGGGUCUGUCCCUGCUGCUGUCUCUAUAAAAAGUGCAGAAAUCCUAGACCAACAAUGACAGUCGUCACUACACAAUUCCUCCCGACUAUCAUCCAGGGAAGUCAGUACCCACCGUACCAGCCUUUGCCAAAUCAACCAGAGCACCGCAAUCAGCCAGCUUAUGGAGGGCAACCCAUGGCAACUGGACCAUAUAAGGGAUGGCCCUCUGUAGCAGGACCACCACCCCCAUAUCAGGAAGCUGGUUUAGGAUAUCCUGUUCCCUACAGUCAGGCUGGAUAUGAUGGUGGCCAGGCCACAUAUCCUGCACAACCACCAGCUCAGCUGGGUUUUGCUCACCAGCCGGCAGCCUACAACCCAGCCUACAUGGAAUCAUAAAAGCCCGGGUACCAAACAACAACUGACUUUCGCCUCCGUGAUCAACGCAUUAUACGGCUUAUACACUUCCACGCUGCUUUUGUGAAAUGUGCAGCUGCUAUAGACACUAUCUUGAAAUCGUAUUGGAAUAAAACUAUUAUUGUGGCAUUUAAAGUUUCUUGUGCACCAGUGCCUUACUGUGAAUUAUGGGUCUUUAGCUACACUGUACUUCUGCAGAAAAGUCUCAAGAGAUACAGAUGCGAUAUUCAUACACCGUUUAUUUGGAGUUCUUCAGUGAAUGCAAACCUUGCGAUGCUUUCACAGAACACCACCAGGCCACGUCCACACUAAUGUUUUCAUUGAAAAUGCGUCUUUUUCUCGUUGUUUUGGACUUUCGUCCACACUGAGAUGCCGUUUUUGUCCAGCGAAAGCUCAGCUUUUCCGAAAACAGUCCCCCAAGUGGAUACAAUUUAAAACGCUGUAUUUCCGUUGUAGCGUGGACUGGGAGGCAUUGGCAAACAGUGACGUAUUUGUUAUCAUGUGAUGCAGUCAUGUGAACCAUUCAACUCAAAACAAUCAAGAUGGAGGCCCAUAUUGUAGCGGCGUUAUUGUGCCUGCUGUCCACUUUGAUAGUGUUGUUAAAGAUAAAUGCUACCUUGUACAACCUUAACACAGCAUUCCUUUAAAGGUGACGGGAUGUUUUCUCAGCAUUGCAUUUCAGACCGUUCAUAGAACACUGAUUUAUCACAAUUGUGACGUAGAUUUAAUCGCUUUCAGAUGUUUCAGUGUGAGCGAGCCAUUUUCCAAUUUAUCCGGAUUAAAUGUACACAGUAAGUACAUGUCAUCAAUGCUUUUUUUUUUUACGUACAUAGUAGUCACCAAAUAUAAAGCCCAAUGCCGCUAUAGCCCUAAAAAUGAAGUUAUUCCAUUGCAAUGGAUAUGAUUGGUUUACCAAUACUUUGGAUGUUUCCUUUUAAAUUCAAAAAGAACUUUGGAUGUUUUCUUUUAAAUUCAAAAAGAACUUUGGAUGUUUCCUUUUAAAUUCAAAAAGAACCGUCACUAUUUUUUAAGUUUUUGAAUCACUUUCCAUUUAAAUGUGUGUAUUGUAUUACACUGUAUGUAUCGAGUUAUAAGACAAAAAUGAAAAGAUCACAAUAUAAUUUUUUUCUUUUCACCCAUCCCUUAUCCUAAGACAUGUUUUGAGCUCUGUGCUCUCUUGUCUUGUUUGUUUUGUCUAUUUAACCUUAUUUCCACGUACUAUUUUGACACCAUCAAAGUAUAAUUUACUAUCAUUUUAUAUUUGUUUAAUGGUCAGUAAAUUGUAUAUAUUUUAAAUGGAUCAGUGUUUUGUUCAAAAGUUAUAUUACUUAUUACUUGUGACUAUUUUUAUAUCAACAUUGCUGCUUUUACAGAAUGCUGUGGCUGAACUCCAUGUAUGUUAUGCUGGGUAUCUUUUAAUAUAAUAAAUGGACCUAUCACCAAUCUAAAUGUUAUUCUUGAGAUGCAUUUUUUGAUCAA